CAAAGCAUUCAAACCGAGUGAAGAGUAGUAAGCAAAAGUGAAAGCACUACGAGAGCAUAUCUACAGUUCGUAAAUACGAGAAAGAGAUAGUGAAAGCGCAUUCAUUGGAAGAAGAAUAAUAAGUGAGAGCAUAAACAGUGAUUAAUUGUGAACUGAGACAUGGCGCCGAAAACCCCGGCAAUCGGAAUUGACUUGGGCACCACGUAUUCUUGCGUGGGUGUCUGGCAACAAGGCAAGGUGGAGAUCAUUGCAAAUGAUCAAGGAAAUCGCACGACUCCCAGCUAUGUGGCGUUCAGCGACACCGAGCGUCUUAUCGGAGACGCCGCGAAAAACCAGGUGGCCAUGAAUCCGGAGAAUACCGUCUUUGACGCUAAACGGCUGAUCGGCAGACGCUUCGACGAUGAGAAGAUCCAGAGUGACAUGAAGCACUGGCCCUUCACAGUGGUGAACGACUGCGGGAAGCCGAAGAUCCAGAUACAGCACAAGGGUGAAAGACGGAGGUUUGCCCCGGAAGAGAUCAGCUCCAUGGUGCUGACUAAGAUGAAAGAGACGGCAGAAGCUUUCCUGGGUACCAAGGUGCGGGACGCUGUCAUCACGGU